AUGACGACACUUCAACAUUUAGCCGCAAUCCACUUGGUUUGUGUUGUAGCUGUUUUUAUUGUAUAUCGUAGACUCCGUGGCACAUACCGUUUACGUGAUCGAGACAUGAUGCUAAAUGGAAAAAACGUACGGAAAGAAUUAUUUCACUACCUCUCCAUAAGUGGCUCAUACCAUAAGCAUAUUCGCAUGAGUGAGAACGCUUUCAAUAUAUUAUGUCACAAGUUGAAAAAUGAGGGUGGUCUUCGACCAACUCAACGUAUGUCGGUUGAAGAACAAGUUAUUAGAUUUUUGCAUUUGGUAGCUCAUGACGUAAGAAUAAGUGCAGUGUCUUUGUUAUAUCGUCGUUCCGAAUCAGCCAUCAAUAGAGAUUUUCAUAGAGUUUUGAAUGCAAUAAUAUCAUUAGAAAAUCAAUACAUUCAACAACCUACGGGUGAUGUUGUUCAAAAGGAGAUUCAAGACAAAAAGAGAUCUUAUCCCUUUUUUAAGGAUUGCAUUGGAGCAAUUGAUGGAACACAUGUUCGUGUGAGAGUGUCAAAUAAAGAUGCGCCUAGAUUUCGCGGUCGAAAAGGUUAUCCAACAAUUAAUGCGUUAGUUGCAUGUACAUUUGAUCUAAAGUUCACAUAUGUUUUGAGUGGUUGGGAAGGCACAGCAUCAGACUCGAGGAUAAUAAAAGAUGCCCUUAGUAGAGAUGAUAAGCUAGUUAUUCCUGACGGUAAGUUUUAUUUGGUUGACGGUGGUUUACCUCAUAGAAGCACACUUAUAGCACCUUAUAGAGGCGUUAGGUAUCAUUUGAAAGAGUACUCAUCGCGUGCACCUCAGAAUACGCGGGAACUCUUUAACCUUCGUCAUGCAUCAUUACGAAAUGCUAUUGAACGAGCGUUCGGAGUGCUUAAGAAAAGAUUUGCUAUAAUAAGAAGCUCAAAUGAACCUUUUUAUCCUCUUGAGACACAAUCAGACAUAUUUUUGUCAUGUUGUAUUUUACACAACUUUUUACUAGAAGUGGAUCCUGAUAAAGAACUUGAAGAUGAAGUGGCACGUGAAGUUUUAGAUGCACAACAAGAAGAAGUACAUCACUCUCAAAGAGAAAUAGAUGAGGGAGGGGAACAAAUAAGAAACUCAAUUGCAACUCAAAUGUGGAAUGCAUACUUGUCUGACCCAAACAAUGAAAUUGAUAUGUCUAAUUAG